AUGUCUUUCUGCGACGAGAUCGAGCGAGAGUCACAGCAACAGCGCGACGCCAUGGCGUUCCAUCCUUUCGUACAGGGCAUCGGAGAUGGAACGCUGCCGCUGGACCGGUUCAAACACUUCAUCACGCAGGACUACGUCUAUCUCAUCGAUUUCGCCCGUUGCCUCGCCCUCGCCGCCGCCAAAGCCCCCGACCUGCCGGCGAUGUCAUGGUUUGCCCGCGCCGUGGACUACAUCCUGAAUACCGAGAUGGAUCUGCACCGGUCCUACUGCGCGCAGUUCGGCAUCACCGAAGCCGAACUGGACGCAACCACCCAUGCUCCAACCUGUUAUUCAUACACCAGCUAUCUGCUCCGGGUUGCCCACCAGGGGACGUUCGGCGAGCUGGUCGCGGCCGUCCUGCCGUGCAUCUGGGGAUACUGGCGUGUCGGGGAGCGAUUGGCUGACCAGGGUCUGCCGGAUCACGCCGGCUAUGCCCAGUGGAUCGAGAUGUACGCCGCCGCCGGGCAGCAGUCGGUCGCGGAGGAAUGCCGCGUCAUCUGUGACCGGAUCGCGGCAACCGCCGGUUCGGCGGAAAUCGCGGCGAUGAAAGAGGCGUACAUCACGUGCACGCGCUACGAGCAGGCCUUCUGGGAGAUGGGUUGGACCCUGGAGGACUGGCCCGUUUAG